UCGUCGAGCUAACGUGGGCUGGCCUCGGGAGGAGGGACGUCGUUGCAAUUCGGACGUGCUCUCAGGACACUGACUGACACAACGUCAUAGAAAACACGCUGCUCUCAGUCCCGCCGACCCACACUCAGAGGAAGCCUCGUGGUUGAGUCCCCGGUAUCAGACAGAGGAAAACAAGUGUGUAACCUCCGUUGUGUCAAGGGAGCAGAAAGGGGAACCUAAACGAAAGCAUGUCGGGGGUAAAAAAGAGAAACUCGAAUUCCUCGUUCAGCAAGGAUGAGGACCCGCAAGUGACGGAGAAGAUGCUGGGGAGCGACGCGGCGGGAGAGCAAGGCGAGGGAACCGUCGUCCUCCAGCAAAACAUCACCUUGGUUAACGGCGUGGCCAUCAUCGUUGGCACCAUCAUCGGCUCGGGCAUCUUCGUGGCGCCGACCGGCGUGGCGAAAGAGUGCGGCUCCGUGGGUUUGUCCCUGGUGGUGUGGGCGAUGUGCGGGGUCUUCUCCAUGGUGGGCGCGUUGUGUUACGCGGAGCUGGGCACCACGAUCACCAAGUCCGGAGGGGACUAUGCCUACAUCCUUGAGGUGUACGGCUCCCUUCCAGCUUUCCUCAAACUCUGGAUCGAGCUGCUCAUCAUCCGGCCGUCAUCUCAGUACAUCGUUGCCUACGUUUUCGCCACAUAUCUCCUCAAGCCCAUUUUCCCCGUGUGCCCGGUACCGGAGAACGGGGCUAAGCUAGUAGCCUGCCUUUGCAUCCUCUUGUUGACCUUUGUGAACUGCUACAGCGUGAAGGCAGCUACGAGAGUUCAGGACUUCUUCGCUGCAGCCAAGCUGCUGGCUCUUGGCCUGAUCAUCAUCAUUGGCUUUGUCAAGAUUGGCCAAGGUGGCACCGAUGCACUUCUCCCUGAAAAUUCCUUCGAGGGCUCCCAGUAUGGGUUAGGGAACAUCGGCCUGGCGCUGUACAGUGGCCUGUUUGCCUACGGUGGCUGGAAUUACCUGAAUUUUGUUACUGAGGAGAUGAUCGAGCCUAACAAAAACCUGCCACGAGCCAUCAUCAUCUCUAUGCCAAUCGUGACAGCAGUGUACGUUCUCACUAACCUGGCGUACUUUACCACCCUCUCAACCGACCAGAUGCUCAACUCUGAGGCUGUGGCUGUGGAUUUUGGCAAUAGGCACCUGGGUGUGAUGGCUUGGAUCAUCCCAGUGUUUGUGGGGUUGUCCUGCUUUGGCUCUGUCAAUGGUUCUCUCUUCACAUCAUCAAGGUUAUUCUUUGUGGGUUCCCGAGAAGGUCACCUGCCCUGUCUGCUGUCAAUGAUCCACCCAACCCUGCUAACGCCACUUCCAUCGCUAAUAUUCACUUGUGUAAUGACACUGUUUUACGCCUUCUCCAAUGACAUCUUCUCCGUCAUCAACUUCUUCAGUUUCUUCAACUGGCUCUGCAUCGCCAUGGCGAUUGUUGGGAUGAUGUGGCUCCGUUACAAGAAGCCUGAGCUCGAAAGACCAAUUAAGGUAAAUAUCCUUCUUCCGGUGACGUUUGUGCUCGCCUGCCUCUUCCUCAUCAUCGUAUCCUUCUGGAAGACUCCAGAGGAGUGUGCAAUUGGUUUUGGCAUCAUUGCCACUGGACUACCUGUCUACUUCUUAGGUGUGACGUGGAAGAACAAACCCAAGUGGCUUCUGAAUGGAAUCUUCUCAACCACAGCAUUUUGCCAGAAAGCAAUGCAGGUGGUACCUUAGGAGUCACGUGGUCCAACAGGGGCCUCUGAGCGCUGACAUCAUUGCUGAUCAAUGUUGAGCCCUGAUGAUUUCUCUCACUCACUACCUUCUCUCAUGAUGACACACACACACACACACACACACACACACACUCACUUUGUAAAGUGAUGCCAAGAAGUGAUGAACACCACAUCACGCAGGAGUCUGAAGUGCUGUACUUAACUGUUCAACAUUUGCCUGCUACUCUGUUGAUUGCCAUUAGUCACUAACUAUGUGCACUUAGGAUUGUCUUUAUUCUUUUUGUUGUAAUUUUUUUUUCUUUCUUUUUAUCUCAGCUCAUGAAAACCUUUAGUGUUUAGGACCGUGAGACAAGUGAAAAUAUUGACAGGAACAUGGACAAACAAAACAUCUGAAACCAAAUUUAAUUUCUUGUAUCGGUCUUCUGUUUAAUAAUGUUUGUUUAUCCAGCUAUGGGUAGUGAGUAAACCUUUCAGUUGCUUGUUUGUGACUCCGCUUAAUUAUAUACAACCCGAGGUCUGUGAGCCAAUUAAAGGAGUAAAUUUAGUAGUGUUGGACUUUGCUACUUUGCACUCAUUUAAGCAAUGUGACCAUUACACCAUUGAAUCUGUCUUACUAAAGUAUUGUAAGGAGAUAUGUUAAUAAUACAUACAGUCAUGCUCAAAAACAUUGGCACCCCAAUGUUUUAUGCCAUGACUGUAUUAUCUAUCAUAUAUAUUUGUCUAAAAGAAAUACUUCUGUUGUUCUGGCGUUUAGCAAAUACAAAUAAUUUUGAUAAUUAUGGACUCAUAGUUUGCCUUGUCCUCAACAUUUUAUUUUUUUUAAACAAAAAUUUUUAGUUUCAUCGCUAGAGUCAACCCCUUUCUCACCUUUUUGGGAAACAACAAAAUUAUGGUUUACAUUCGUCCUUAUGAUGGUCAACAAUUGUUGCCAUAGGGUGUGUUGGUGGAUGCAAGGUUAUUUUAUUGUUGUUUUUUCUUACUUUUUUUUUUUAAAGUAGAACCCCCGCAGCCAUGUUGAUAAUCUGAUGGGCAAACUAACUUGUUUUGGACUGUAGGUAUUUUAUUUAUUUAUUUUUUAGAAAACAUUUGUUUAAUAUUAAUCUACUUUGUUUAUAGUGCAUUUUAUGGAAAGUGAUUUACAAAUAAAUGCCGACUUGUUUUUUCUCCUGCA